AUGGCCACCUCUCCGGCCUUGAUGACCUACACCUUCACCCAGGAGCAACACGGCCACUUGGUCCCCUACAUCGCCGCCCUCCACGCCUCAUGCAUCACGCUCGACCACAUGGUAGGGCCAUUCCUACCACCCCUGACCAACGAGAAGUUGCUCCCCUGGUGGAAAGAACGCAUCGCCGAGUCCGCUAAGGGCACACGCAUCAUCGUUCUGUUGUUGCCCGAGACAGCACCCGGCAAGAAAGCCAUGGGCACCGAUUUGCGUGGACUGGCCAUGCUGAAGCUAUCUGAGACGGAGACGGGCUCGUUCAGGGGGCAUAUUGAUGCAGUGUUGGUGGAUAGACGGCACCGUCGGCAAGGCGGGGCGAGAUCGUUGGUGGCUGCCCUGGAGUAUGAAGCGGCCAAAAAGGGGCGAUCUUUGCUACUGGUCGACACCGAAACCAACAGCAUAGCCGAGACCGCGUUCAAGAACCUGGGGUACAUCGAGAUUGGAAAGGUGCCGCACUUCAGCCGGGGUCUAUCCAACGGAAAAAAGGGCGAGACGUUCUUUUAUAAAGAAUUCUUGCCAUCAUCUUCUUGA